AUGUGGUCCUAUUGCUGCUCUGAGACGACAACUGGUGUGCUUGAUGCUGGAAGCACAUUGCCAGAAGAUAAAGGCUUUGUGAGGUCAGUGGAUACCAUUGGCCGCCGAUGGGGCGAAGGUCCUGUGGUGUCGAGGCGUUGCAACUGUAAAGCUGAUAACGAGGAGUCAACUGAUAACUCGGAGUCGGACAGCGAGGAGUCGCCUGGCACUACCCUUUACCUCCGGGAGAACAACGCCAGCCGGGAGUUUGCGUCAGCCUCGUGGAGGGAGAAUGCCAAGAAGAAACACCAGCUAGGUCCUCCAGAUACACAACUCUUCGCGAGUGGCCUAGCAACCCUGACUUCACAGCUCCCGCAGAAGUCGCAUCCAACGUGGAUCACUAUGAAGGAACGGCUGAAAAGGGUGAGCAUGGAAGUGAAGUUAUCAGUUGACCAGACCAAACUCUGGUUCCAGGUGCAUGCUGUUUCAAUUUGUGCAUCGCCCUUGGUAGCCUUCAGUUUUUUUUUGAAUUUUGUUCAACUGGUUCGGUGA